AUGCACUGGGGUGUUGGGUUUGCCUCCUCCAGGUCCUGUGUGGUUGAGCUGAGCCGGAAUCAGAGCCUCACCCUCGGCUGGUGUGCAGGAUCCGAAGAGCACUUCUCCUUUUAUGGGGACAUCAUCGCUUUCCCUUGGCAGGAUUACGGUGGGAUGAUGGCAGGGCUGGGUUCUGAUUCGUGGUGGAAGAAAACCCUUUAUUUGACUGGGGGAGCCCUGCUCGCUGCCGCGGCGUAUCUGCUACAUGAACUCCUGGCAAUUAGGAAAGAGCAAGAGGUUGAUUCCAAAGAUGCUAUUAUACUGCAUCAAUUUUCAAGACCUAACAAUGGUGUUCCCAGUUUAUCUCCUUUUUGUUUGAAAAUGGAAACUUAUUUAAGGAUGGCUGAUUUACCCUACCAGAACUAUUUUGAUGGAAAACUUUCCCCUCAAGGGAAAAUGCCCUGGAUUGAAUACAAUCGCAAAAAAGUAUCUGGCACUGAGUUCAUUAUUGACUUUUUGGAAGAGAAACUCGGAGUGAAUUUAAAUAAAAACCUUGGUCCACAUGAAAGAGCUGUUUCCAGAGCAGUGACAAAAAUGGUGGAGGAGCACUUCUAUUGGACAUUAGCUUAUUGCCAGUGGGUGGACAAUCUCCACGAGACCCAGAAGAUGCUUUCGUGCAGUGGCCCCUUUAGUGACCUGCUGAAGUGGAUUCUGUGCCACCUAACAAAAGGAAUUGUGAAACGAGAAAUGUACGGCCAUGGCAUCGGCCGCUUCUCGGAGGAAGAGAUAUACAAGCUGAUGGAGAAAGACAUGCGGUCACUAGCAGGUCUCUUGGGUGACAAGAAGUACAUCAUGGGACCAAAGCUUUCCACUCUCGAUGCCACUGUCUUUGGGCACCUGGCUCAAGCAAUGUGGACAUUACCAGGGACUAGACCUGAGAGACUAAUCAAAGGUGAACUGAUUAAUCUUGCUAUGUACUGUGAAAGAAUAAGGAGGAAAUUCUGGCCAGAGUGGCACCAGGACGACGAUAACACCCUGUACGAAUCUGAGGAAAGUAGUGAAGCUAGCAAGCCGCACACCCCAUUGCAGGACUUCAGCUUUUAUUCAAGGACAGAAACAUUUGAUGAGGAGGGGACAGAGAACAGUAUUUCUCAAACCCCUGACACGGAUUAUACUGGACACUCUCUCUUUGAUUCUGAUGUGGACAUGGAUGACUAUACAGAUCACGCACAAUGCAAGUGA